ACAAGCCUUGAUAUCAGACAGCAGUAGACAGGCUGCGCGGAAAGUCGUUCGUACGGAAGUGGGCACUAGCGAUAGGCAGUGCUGGUUGUGCAGUGAAUGCGGUAGCUCGUAUUUUGUUGCUGUCUCGCGUACUGGAUUUUAUACUUCUGUUCCACGAUGUCGCAAACAAAUGGAAUUAACGGGCACAGUAAGGGAACUGUUUCGGAAAUGUCAUGGAAAGUUGGAUUAUUGAAUUGCCAUACGAAAUAUCUUACCGCAGAGAGUUUCGGUAAAUUGAAUAUCACCGGUUCAAAUUUGAAGAAAAAACAAAUCUGGACCAUCGAACAUGACACAGUUAAUGAAGGGGUGAUUUAUCUCAAAAGUCCACAAACAACAGAUGAUACCUACAUAUUCAAAGACAGACACGGUAAUGUCACGCUGAAGGAAAAGGAGGAUGAGUGCAAGUUUGUCGUUGAGUAUGGCGAUGGGGAGUAUUCCGGUCUUUGGGCGUUUCGUAAUGUUAAGUCCAACGGACUUCUCGGCACUGAUCCCGAGAAGAAGGACGAAGUGAAGUGUUUUAAUGAGGGGAAACCAACAAACUUGGAGUACUGGACCGUCCAACUAUCGAUCCACCCUCAAGUGAAUAUCCAACAUGACAGUCGGUACGUUCAGCUCUGCAAUGACGAAUUGCAGUUUUCAGAAACCAUUCCCUGGGGUGCACCGUCUCUUAUUGUUUUGGAAUUCCAUGAAGGAAAAUAUGCCCUGAAAACUAGUGACGACAGAUAUCUAACUAACGACGGGACAUUGUCCGAAGAAUGUACAGAUGAAUCAAAAUUCACACUUGAAAUCCAUUCUGGAAAGGAAAGAGUUCGUUUGGCGUUCAAGGACUGCCAACAGCGCUACCUUAAGACUGCCGGUCAUUCGAGGACCAUGAAAGCACGGAAUACGGCUGUCACGAAGGAUGAGCUAUUUGUCAUUGAGGAUUGUCAUCCACAAGUUGUGUUUAUAUCAGAUGCAGGCAAGAUGAUAUCCGUCAAACAAGGUACACAUUAAA